AAUUUCCCCAAACUCUCUUUUUCUUUUUCUCUCUCUCUCUAUUUCUUUACUUUCGUUUCUAGCCUAUGAUUUAUAAUACAACUUAUAUGUCUUUUCUCUAUUUCUCUCCGGAUAGUGACAUGGCAUGUCUCUAAUUAUGGCAUCGUCAUUUGUAUACCAAACACCAAAGGUAAUGUUAAAAAGUAGAAGAAUAAAAGAUGAAUGGGAAAAAAUAAUACUAACCUCUUUUUAUGAUUCCUUUUUUUUCGAAAUCCCUUUUAAGAUUCAUGUGAAAAACGCAAUGACUAGAUGGUAUGUUAUCGUUUACUUCGUCUUUCUUUUUUUUUUUCUUUCAUCUGGUAAGUCAUCCUUUUAUUCUUUCUCAUUUCCUUUCUCACACUUCUUUUUUUUUGGAAAUAAGAUGCACUAUCUUCCUUUUUCUUUUACUGUUCCUUUUUUAGGCUUUCUCUCAUUCCCUUUCCAUAUCUCUCUCUCUCUCUCUCUCUCUCUCUCUCUCUCUCUCUCUCUCUCUCUCUCUCUCUCUCUCUCCAUCUUGCAUUCAACUAAUCUAAGUGAUACUUCACUAUGUUUUUUUAUUCUUAUUGUGCACAAUCGAUGUGAAUAGAGGACGCGAUUACAUGGAUUUACGAAUGCAAUAACCGGAAUGCAAUACAAUCGAAAGAAUUGCGUUGGACGUACAAUUGGAUUAACCACAUGAAUGUGCAACAGAAUUCAACAGGAUUGGUAAUACUACAACUUCAAUAGAAGAGGUUUGCAGUGGAGCUUGGGCAAGAAAAAUCAGUAUAUCAUGAUCUUCUUCUCGUUUAGCUGGUCUCUUCCCUUGGUUUGACUUUUUAUUGUGAUGAUGCUUUUAUUCAUACUAUAGUAGUCUUAUUAUAUUAUGCCUUCCCUCUUUAUACAAUUACAUUAAUAAAAUCUUUUUUUUUUUUUUUUU